CAUUAAUAUAGUAGAAUGUCCGGCACUUUUAUAGUUUUGUAAAUUGUAACAGCAGCAGCCUGAUCGUGAAGCUUCUCUCUCUCUCUCUCUCUCUCUCUAAACAAAGACCUCUUCCAGGCAGCCAGGCCUUCUAUAAAAACUCAAAAACCAUCUUAUUAAAACCGUCUUCAAAGCCCGAAGGGAAAACAAAAAAGAAAAAGAAACAGAACGAGAAGAAAAUGUCUCAAAAUCUUACUAAAUCAAACAACAGCUUCACUUCAAAACCAUCACCACUUUGUACUUUUCUCUUCCUGACAAUCCUAUGCAUUCUAGGUUUCUACACUGUCCACUACCCACCAAGAAAUCCCAAAAAUGCCCUUCUUUUCCAGCAAAUAUUCCUUUCUUCUGCCUCCAACUACACCAUCUCCUCCUACCUGCGGUCCCUCACUUCCCAUCCUCAUCUCGCCGGCACAAAACCUUCCUUUGAAACGAUCCACUACGUUAAAUCCCACUUUGAAAACCUUGGAUUGGAAACGCAUACACUGCCGUUUAAAGCCCUUUUGUCUUACCCUAUUCAUGCUUCAGUUUCAAUGCAUUUCUAUAACGGCACCGUGUUAGACUUGCCUUUAAACGAAAUGGGUAUUUCUAAUUAUUCAUCUUUAGGCUUGGUACAACCUUACCAUGCAUAUUCUCCGUCAGGAACGGCGCAGGGUAAAGUAGUUUUUGUGAAUUAUGGGAGCGAAGAUGAUUACAGUGUGCUGGGAGUGAUGGGAGUAAACGUUAGUGGUUGCAUAGUUAUAGUUAAAAAAGGUGGUAGUUUGAGUAGAGGGGCCAUCGUGGAAAUAGCUGAAAAAAAAGGUGCUUUGGGGGUACUAAUGUAUGCUGAAGGGGAUGUUUCAAGGGGUAGUUUUGGGUUUGGAGUUGAAAGAGGGACAGUUAUGAAGGGAGUUGGGGACCCUUUAAGUCCUGGAUGGGCUGGGGUUGAAGAUGGGGAGAGGUUGGAGUUAGAGGACAAUAAGGUUUUGGACAGGUUUCCUGGAAUUCCAUCUUUGCCCUUGUCUUUUGAGAGUGCUCAGCUUAUUUUAGAGUCUCUUCGGGGUCCUUUGGCCCCUCAAGAAUGGAGGAAUUCCGGUCGUUCUAAGUUGUCCGGGGUUGGACCGGAUCAAGUUCUGUUGAAUCUUACUUACCAGGGGGAGAAAAAGUUGGCAACGAUUCAUAAUGUAUUCGCUGUCAUACGAGGGUUGGAAGAGCCAGAUCGCUAUGUGCUUAUGGGGAAUCAUAGAGAUGCAUGGACGUAUGGAGCUGUUGACCCCAACAGUGGGACUGCAACACUUCUUGAUAUUGCUCGAAGAUAUGCCCUCUUGAUGCGAAAGGGUUGGAACCCUCGAAGAACAAUUAUUUUAUGCAGUUGGGAUGCUGAAGAGUUUGGGAUGAUUGGUUCCACAGAGUGGGUUGAGCUGAACCUUGUGAAUCUAGGUGCUAAAGCUGUGGCGUACCUUAAUGUAGAUUGUGCAGUGCAAGGGCCUGGAUUCUUUGCUAGGGCAACUCCUCAGCUAGAUAAUCUUAUUUUUGAGGUCACAAAGAAGGUCAAGGAUCCUGAUUCCGAGGUUGCUACGAUAUAUGACAAGUGGAUAACCAUGAAUGGCAUCAGCAAUAUUGAAAGACUCAGUGGAGUAGAUUCUGAUUUUGCACCCUUCUUGCAACAUGCUGGGGUUCCUUCUGUCGAUAUAUACUAUGGAAGAGAUUUUCCUGUAUAUCAUACUGCUAAUGAUGACUUCAACUGGAUGAUAAACCAUGCAGAUCCAUUCUUUUGGCGUCAUGUAGCUAUGGCUGGAGUGUGGGGUCUUCUAGGUCUUCACCUUGCUGAUGAUCCAGUUCUACCUCUCAAUUACCUCUCCUAUGCAGAACAGUUGCAGGAGCAUAAAAAUAACUUGAGCAGUUUUUUGGAUGAUAGCGUAUCUCUGACUCCGCUAGUCACAUCCAUUAAAGAACUUCAAUCUGCUGCUAAACGAGCUAAUGAUGAAGCAAAGACACUGAUGGAGCAAGAAUUUACUGAUGAUCGUUUAGCUUUGAAGAUGCGAGCAUUGAACGAUAGGCUGAUGCUUGCUGAAAGAGGCUUCUUAGAUAUGGAUGGAAUUAAAGGAAGGGAGUGGUUCAAGCAUCUUAUUUAUGGACCUUGCAGCAACCAGGAGAGCAAUUUGGUUUUCUUCCCUGGAAUAUCAGAUGCCAUUUCUGAAUCAAUGAGAAUGAGCCAAAGGGAUGGGCAGGCAGCAAUUCAGCAUGAGAUAUGGAGAGUUGCUAGAGCCAUUCAAAGAGCUGCUGCUGCACUGAAAGGAGAACUCACCUGAAACUUAUCCCUCAACUCUCCGACAUGAAAGAGAAAGACAGGGAGGCAUAAACUUGUGCAUAAAUGAGCAUUUUAGCUUGUCUUCUAUUUCUUGUUCAAACUAACUGGGUAGCCUAUCAAUGGCUUUACUCGGAACCAAUAGAAAUUCCUUUACAUUAUGAAUAUAGAAAGUUUUCAUUUUAAUUUAUUUUCUAUGGAAUCUGAAGCCAAGAGAAAAUUUUAUAACUCUUUUCUCAGCAAUCAAAUUCAAUUUAAUGUAAAUUCGAAGAUUAGUUCAAUUUAU